GAAUGAGGAAUGCGGAAUGAGCCGAUACAAACACUUCUAAUUCGUCGUUUACAUAUAACUAUGUACAUUGUAUUGAUAAAUUGUAAAUUGUAUUUGUACAUCGCGGGGUUCAUUUGUUGCUUGCGACAGACCUCAAUAAUAAAGAGCCCAGGUACCUAAAGUUAGGUAGAUAAUACACGACUGGAUAUUUUCAUGCGUUACUUCACUCGGCGGCCAAUCAUCGUCUCAUCGCGGAUCACACCACUCACCAUAAUUCACUUUACUCGCGGCGCCAUGACAGCAGCAGCAGCAGCAGCAGCAGCAGCAGCAGCAGCAACAGCAACAAAAGCAACGACGGGGCCGGCGCCAUGGCGGAAACUCUUCCUGGAGCACGUGCAGGCCAUGCCGUCACCAGAGCUCAGCCUGAGCACCGUCCGCAAAACGACGUCCCCAUCGACGGGGACGGUGCGCUACUCCCCGCGGGUUCGCACGUGCAUUUUUCGCGGCUUGUUCGCGGAGUUGCCCGCGAACCCGAAGAAUGACGCGGAGCUCAACCCGGAUGGUGUCUACGAGAGCGACUACCUGACGCUGACGACGGAUCGUCGGAUGGAUAAGGUGGCGGAGUUCUUUGGCGUGGAGGCGGGUAGUGGGAAGGAGGAGGAGGAGAAGAUGCUGCGGGGUUCGGGUGGUGGUGGGCCGGUCGAGGCGGUGUUCUGGGUUAAGGAGACGGGCACGCAGUGGCGGGUCCGAGGUAGCGCGUACGUGCUCGCUCCCGACAUCGAGGAUGAUUCAUCGUCGGGGGGGAAAGAGACGAUUGCUACGUUGCUGUCACGGAUGCGGAGGAAGGGUCGGGAUGAAGACGACAAGAAGAAGGAGAAGGAGAAGGAGAAGGGGUGGAGCUUUAGUCGCGAGAUCACGGCACACUUUGGGAACCUAAGCCCCCUGAUGCGAGGGUCCUUCCGGAACCCCCCGCCGGGCAGGCCGAUCGCGGCACCGCUGCCAGGCGACGACGACGACGACGACGACGGAGACGACCAGAAGCUGCUGGGGCAGAAGGUACCGGGGCUAGACGACGAGGUGGCGCGCGCGAACUUCCGCGUCGUAGUCGUGGUGCCCGAGGAGGUCGACCGCACGGAUCUGAGCGACCCGACGCGGGGGCGGAGAUGGCGGUAUACAUAUGUUGGCGAUGGGACGGAACCAGAGGCGCCUGGCGGGGUGGUGGAGGAUGGGUGGGAGGUGGUCGAGGUCUGGCCAUGAGUGGAUGACAAUUAAUAACAAAGGUUCCAAUUUACCCACGUGGGUACUACGUAAGGUAGUGUAUGUAGGCAAUUACACUAUGUAUUUGGGGGGGGAAAGAAAAGGGGGGAGAGGGCUAUGACUUCACGUGUUGGUAAGCCCUAUCUUUGUUCACGAACAUUGAACACACAUACAUACUGUAUGUAGGAACGGAAGUCUUGGCAGAGCAGGGUAAACUUGAUAUUUGAGGCUCAGCUAUCUAAUUUCCAACCCGCCCCCCCCCCUUCUCCCCCCA